CGAGCGCGGCUUCCACUUAUCUGUCUUUCCUGUCCAAUGUCCCACCGAGUAGGCAGAGGCACGUGUUUGUGUUAGCUAUUUCGUUAGUUGUUUCCUAAACGUCCAGUUCGUUGUGUUUCACAGAAACACACAGCAGCACCAUGGUGAAGUUAGCAAAGGCAGCAAACAAGCAAGUAACUCAAAAGAAAAAAGCCCCUCCACCCCCCAAAGAAGUGGAGGAGGAAUCCAGUGAAGAGGACAGCAGUGAUGAGGAAGAGGAGGCUCCCCCACCCAAAGUGGUAAAGAAAGCCACACCAGCAAAAGCAGCCCCAGUUAAGAAUGGUGCUGCCGCCAAGAAAGCAGACAGUGAAGAUGAAGACGAUGAUGAUUCUGAGGAGGAGUCUGAAGAGGAGGCUCCCCCACCAAAAAAGACCCCCGCAAAGGCUAAAGCUACACCAGCCAAGGCUGCUCCCGCAAAGGCAGAGGAGUCAGAUGAUGAUGACGAUGAUGAUGAUGAGUCUGAAGAAGAGGCCCCACCACCCAAGAAGGCAGCUAAACCUGCUGCCAAGGCCCCAGUGAAGGCUAAACCUGCAAAGGAGGCCUCUGAUGAAGACGAUGAUGAUGAUGAAGAAGAUGACUCAGAAGAAGAGGCUCCACCUCCCAAGAAGGCUGCUGCUAAGGCUGCUCCUGCUAAACCAGCUGCCAAAAAGGCUGCCAAAGAGGAGUCUGACGACGACGACGAUGAUGAUGAUGAUGACUCUGAGGAGGAGAUGGACACCACUCCUGCGCCAGCAAAGGCAAAGAAAGCAGGCAUGGUCAAGGCCAAGGAAGAGUCUGAAGAGGAGGACGACGAUGAUGAUGACGAUGAAGAUGACGACGAUGAGGAGGAAGAUGAAGUCCCAGUUACUCCUGCAAAGAGGAAGGCAGAAGGCAAGAAGGACACACCACCUGCCAAGAAAGCAAAAUCAGAUGGUGAAGGGUUCUGUCUGUUUGUUGGAAACUUGAACGCCAACAAAGACUUUGAAGAAAUCAAAGAAGCCCUGAGGAAAUUCUUCUCAAAGAACAGUCUUGAGGUUUCUGAUGUCCGGCUGGGUGGUUCCAAGAGAUUUGGUUAUGUGGACUUUGCAUCUGAAGAGGACAUGCAGAAGGCACUGGAGCUCAAUGGCAAGAAGGUCAUGGGUCAGGAGCUGAAGUUGGACAAGGCCCGAAGCAAAGACAGCUCACAGGAGGGCAAGAAAGAGAGGGAUGCACGGACACUCUUUGUGAAGAACCUUCCGUUUUCUGCAACAGCAGAUGACCUGAAAGAAAUCUUUGAAGAUGCAGUUGACGUCAGGGUACCUCUUGGCCAGAACGGUUCAAACAGAGGCAUUGCCUAUAUCGAGUUCAAAACUGAGGCUGAAGCAGAUAAGAUGCUGGAGGAGGCUCAGGGAGCUGAUGUACAGGGCAGGUCCAUCAUGGUUGACUACGUUGGUGACAAGAGCCAAAAAGGGGCUAUGGGAGGAGGAGGAGCAGGAGCAGCCUGUAAAACACUGGUGGUGAAUAAUCUCGCCUUCAGUGCCACAGAGGACGCCCUGCAAUCCACAUUCGAGAAAGCUGUCUCCAUCAGGAUUCCACAGAGAGACGGCAGACCUAAAGGUUUUGCUUUUGUAGAGUUUGAGAGCACAGAGGAUGCUAAGGAUGCUUUGGAAAACCUCAACAACACAGAAAUUGAAGGCCGGUCAAUCCGACUGGAGUACAGCCAGAACAGUGGCAGAGAUGGUGGCAGGGGAAACUCGGGUCCAACAAAAACCCUCUUUGUCAAGGGUCUCUCUGAGGACACAACAGACCAGACACUCAAGGAUGCAUUCGAGGGUGCCUCAGCAGCCAGGAUAGUUACAGACAGAGAAACAGGGUCAUCAAAAGGCUUUGGCUUUGUGGACUUCCACAGCGAGGAAGACUGCAAGGCCGCCAAGGAGGCCAUGGAAGAUGGUGAGAUCGAUGGCAGCAAGGUGACCCUGGACUACGCCAAGCCCAAGGGUGACGGCGGCUUCCGCGGAGGCCGAGGUGGUGGUGGAUUUGGCGGCCGUGGUGGUGGCCGUGGAGGUCGCGGCGGUUUCGGAGGUGGCUUCGGCGGUCGGGGUGGCGGCGGCGGCAGGGGAAGAGGAGGCCCCCGUGGAGGAGGACGUGGCCGUGGUGGCUUUGGAGGUGGAAGAGGUGGCGGCGGAUUCGGCAAACCCCAGGGGAAGAAAAUCAAGUUUGAUGACUAAACCCUUAGUCUAUUUUACUUUUUGAAUGGACUCUGGUUUCAUCAGUUUUCAGAGCUUUUGGACAUUCCAGAAAGCGUCAUUGAUAUAUAUUUAACUGUUAAUGGGCAUUUUAGCCCUUUAUUUAGACCCCCUCAAUCCUUCCCCCACCCUUCUGUGCCAGAAUGGAACUUUUGACCUUCUCAGCUCAAGUGCUUUGUGCGAGUACUGAAUGUCCCAAACGCAAACCUGCACCUCUCGCCCUCAUUAGCUAACUUGCUUUUCCGAAGGAGUUAAAUGGAACGGGUCUGGCAAACAAGUUUGCUGUGAAAAAUACGUUUGUCCUUGUCAGAUACAUUGUGUAAAUUUAAACAGUUUGUAUGAUUUCAUUUUACCUUUUGUAAAAAAACAAAAAAAUACACUUGUAUCCAUGUUUGUUUUUAUUUUGUUGGUCAUUUAGUUUGCUUUAGGUGCCACGUUUUACUGUAAUGUGCAAAGCAUAUUUUCAUAGAAGAUUUGAGUCAGUGCUCAGGAGUCGGGUGUUAAGAUAAUGGCAAAUGUGUUUUUUGUCAUGUUUUUGGUGGGGCGCAGUCAGUGUCUGAGUCAGAGGAUAAAAGACCUCUUAUCUAUGUAACAUAAAAUAUUUGUAGUGCAUUGACUAAUUUUUUCCCAUCUGAGAAUCUUAAGAUUUUCACGUGAUUAAAUAAAACCUUGUAGGUGGUGAUUUUUAAA